AUGAACAGAAACACAACAAAUUCUCUGAUUUAGUUUCAACGAACAGUUUUCAUUCUCCAAAUUCCCUUCUGAAUCUUUUAGCUAGCAUCCAAUAUCAUCAACAAUGGAGUUACGUCCAUUAGACGUCAAAGUAAUCUCCGCAGACGGUAUAAAGAAUGUCAAUACUUUCUCUAAGAUGGAUGUUUAUACACAAGUCUCCAUCUCCACUUACGCCAGCAACGCUCAUAAGCAGAAAACCUUCGUCGACAAGAACAGCGGCACAAAUCCAAAGUGGAAUCACUCCAUGAAAUUCACUCUCGAUGAUUCUUCUCUCACAAAACCAGGAGUUUACCUCGUCUUUCGUCUCAAAUCUGAACGAACUCUUGGUGACAAAGAAAUUGGUGAAGUAUCUGUUCCUAUUCAUGACCUCUUCAAUUCUAAUGGCACAGCGGAGAGGUUCGUUGAGUAUCCAGUAAUAACAGAGAGCGGAAAACCUAAAGGUACUCUGAAAUUUUCCUACAAAUUUGGGGAAAAAUUUACAGCGCCUGAGCAAAAGAGAGAUGUAUAUCAUGAACCUGUCACAGCUUAUCCUGCUCAAAUGCAUCCUGGUAUGGCUUAUAAUCAGCAAAAUUCAGGAUACGGAUAUCCUCCCCCUCCGCCGGCUCAUCAAGGUGGGUAUGGAUACCCACCCCAAGCUGGUGCAUCGGGUUACGGGUAUCCACCCGUACAACCCGGUUACGGAGGAUAUCCACCGGUGCAACCGCCUAAAAGGAAGAACAAGUUUGGAGGAAUGGGAGGUGGACUAGGAUUGGGGUUAGGUGCAGGAUUGCUUGGUGGUUUGUUGGUGGGAGAUAUGGUUUCUGACGUCGGAGAAAUGUCUGCUUAUGGUGAUGGGUACGGUGAUGCUAUGGACGAUGUGGGUGGUGGCUUUGAUUUUUAGUUUAGCUUUUUAUGUUUGUAAAUUUUCUCGUGUUUUUUUUUUUUUUUUGGAUCUUUUGAGAUGUAAUAAACUUGGUAGAUUUGGAAAGGAUUUUUAUUUUAUAAA